UUCUCAACCCUCCCGCGCCAGACACCCAAAAACACUCAUGGCAAAAGGAGGUUGAGUAGAGCCCCCAAAGCAUACGAGAGGACAAACGCUCUAACGCGCAUUAGUUCGUUGCUUUCUUCAGAGAGAAAAGGCACCCAAUAGACUUCGUUCUCCGAGUGUCCAGCAGUACAUAUUGGUGACAGGGAUUUUGGAGACCAAGUUGCAUGGAAAUCAACUGAUUCGGUCUAUAUUUUCUUCCACAUCUGCUUUGAGGAAUGCUACUCUAAUACGCGGCAAACGGGACCAUACUGUAUCUUCCAGUUAUCAGGACAACCUGAAACGAUUAAAUAGAGAUGAAAUAGAGAUUUAUCUCAUUUGCAAAGUGACAUCAUGAAAUCUAAAUCUUAGGAUAAAAACAGAUUUCGCUCAAAUUUCCAAAAGUCACAACUCUGGUUCAAGCUACUGUUCGUGGACUCAAUUCAACGAAAACUCAUGGGAUACAAUCUUACAUUUGCCUAUUUCCUCGGAGUAUUUAACAGUGGUCUGUCGCACGUUGAAGCCCUAAGAGGCAAGCGGCAUGCAGCAGUUUCAGCACCGAGUCGAGUCCCAGGUUGCGAGGUUAACGAUGUCGGGGGUCGCUUGUUUGGUUGAGUGUUUUGGGAAAUGAUUACAGGCAACAUCGACGGUAAAAUAAUGGUUAGAAGAUGGCUUGUGACGUUCAAACCGUUCAGGAUAUUCGUGGUGGGGAUCGGCUUCUUCAGCCUGUGUUUUCUAAUGACCUCCCUGGGGGGCCAGUUCUCAGCCAAGAGGCUUGGGGACUCCCCCUUCACCAUCCGGACAGAAGUGAUGGGGGGAGUGGAGUCUCGUGGGGUGCUUAGGAAGAUCAGUGACAUGCUAGAGGUGAUCCUGAAGAGGAUGGACAGCCUCUCCAAACUGGACAACAGCACCACCAGCGACACCCGCCGCCUGGAUGAACUCAGCUCGGCCAUCAACAGAUCCUGGUGCACGUGGGCUUCCUGACAGAGGAGUCCGGGGACGUGUUCAGCCCAAAGGUUCUGAAGGGAGGACCCCUGGGGGAGAUGGUCCAGUGGGCCGACAUCCUCACAGCCCUCCACGUCCUGGGACACAACCUCAAGAUCUCCAUGUCUGUUAAGGAACUGCAGGGAUUUCUCGGGGUGCCCCCAGGCAGAGGGAGCUGCCCCCUGACAGGACCUCUGCCCUUUGACCUCAUCUACACAGACUACCACGGCAUGCAGCAGAUGAAGCAGCACAUGGGGCUCUCGCUCAAGAGACACAAGUGCCACAUCCGUGUGAUUGACACCUUCGGGACAGAGCCGGCCUACAACCAUGAGGACUACGCCACCCUGCACGGCUACAGGACCAACUGGGGCUACUGGAACCUCAACUCCAGACAGUACAUGACCAUGUUCCCCCACACUCCAGACAACUCGUUCAUGGGCUUUGUGUCUGAGGAGCUGAACGACACGGAGAAGAGUAGCAUCAUGCAGAACAAGGUCAACAACAUGGCCGUGGUUUACGGCAAGGAGGCCAGCAUGUGGAAGCAGGGUAAGGGGGGUUUCCUCCAGAUCCUCCACAGGUACAUGGAGGUCCACGGGACGGUGUACUACGAGACCCAGCGCCCCCCCGAGGUGCCUGCCUACGUCAAGAACCACGGCCUGCUGCCCCAGCACGAGCUGCAGACGCUGCUCCGCAAGGCCAAGCUCUUCAUCGGGUUUGGUUUCCCCUACGAAGGGCCCGCCCCUCUGGAGGCCAUAGCCAAUGGGUGCAUCUACCUGCAGCCCAAGUUCCACCCACCCCACAGCUCGCUCAAUCACGAGUUCUUCAGAGGCAAGCCAACGUCUAGAGAGGUGUCGUCCCAGCACCCGUAUGCAGAGCAGUACAUCGGGCGGCCCCACGUCAUGACAGUAGACUACAACAACUCUCAGGAGUUUGACGCCGCCAUCAGAGAGAUCAUGAGUACCAAGGUCGAGCCAUACCUACCCUAUGAGUACACCUGCGAGGGAAUGCUGGAGAGGGUACAUGCCUACAUACAGCAUCAGGACUUCUGCGCCCCAGAGGCCCCCUUCCCUCCGGCCAACUCCUCCUCCUCCAAGCUGGGUCUUAGUAGUCCGGCUAGCCCUGGGCCUCAAUUUGUCCUGCUGCCCAACUCCAGUGCCCUAACCUGGGCCCCCAACGCCAACGCCCCCCCUGCCUGGCCCCCCCUCAGCUCCCUGAGGCUGCUGGCGUCCCAGGAGGGCCAGUCGUGUGUGGAGGCGUGCCAGCGUGACAACCUGGUGUGUGAGCCAGCGUUGUUCCGCUUCGUCAAUAACAGGGAGGCCCUCCGCGGGUUAGAGGUGCAGUGUGAGGUGGUGGAGGCGGAGGUCAACCACGUGUUCCCGGCCUUCUCCGUCCUACGCCGGGAGUGCGGCCUCCAGAAGGACCCCCUCCUCUACAGCUGUGCCGGCCUCAGCCCCAAGUACCGCCGCCUCUGCCCCUGCCGGGACUACCGCCGCGGCCAGGUUGCCCUCUGCCGAGACUGCUUAUGAGGAGGGGCCAGGAGUUUUUCCAAUGAAUGCCUAACCCAGCUAAGUGGCUUGGAACAACUCCAGACGCUCUAGCUAUAGCCUAUGAAUUGUAGACUAUAAACUAUGGACUAUGAAAUGAACCGGCCCUGGUUAUGAUGCUAGGAGAGGGGGUGGCUAAAGCAGAAGGACCCCCCGACUGGAAGACGUGGUUUGAGCUAUCCUGUCCCAUAGUCACCCCCCCCCCCCCC